UUUCUAAACAAUUUUUUUUCUAUGCCUCUUAACAAAAUCAUGAGGAAAUAUGAUUAACAGACUUUUAAUGCCUGACUACCUGGAUCAGAAUGCCAGUUGUAUGACCUUAGGUAUGUUACUUGACCUCUCUUUGCCUUAUUUCCCAUCUCUAUAAUAUGGAGGUCAUAGUAACUGUCUCAUAGGAUGUUGUGAGGAUUAAUGAAUUGUAUAUAUAAAGUAGCACAAAGUAAACAUUUGCUUAAGAAAACUGUAAGAAAUGUUAGUAGGAAAAUCAUCUAUGUUUAUUGAAAAGUUUUCAAGAUUUGUUAUUUAUGAAAAAAUAACAAUAGGACACAUAGAAUAAGUUUCUCUUUUGAGUCUUAUAUAAUUCAUUAGGUCUUAUUCAGAAAUGUACCUGACUAUUCAAAAAAAUCAGUUGGAGGUAUUUAUGUUUUACCUACUGUAUGUUUUGAGUAAUUCAGUGCAGAAAACCAGUGCAUUUAUCAGAAUAUUGCAUUUUACUUUCUCCCUUUGUAUUCCCAAACCAUAGUCAUUUUCUGUUUGUGUGUAUGUUCAGGAUUUUUAUAAUGAGAGUUAUUUUCAUUUAUAGAGACAAGUAUUUUUGUUUCCUCUCAUUUUAAGGUUAAUUGACAUGACUCCUGUCAUCUUCAUGAUAAGAGAGGGGUAAUUUGUAUUAUUGGUCAUAUCUCCUUUGUAGGGUGGAAUUGGAGUUACAUUGUGGCUUUCCCAUUAGACUCCUAUCCUAUUCUGCCUCUUACUACCCCAAGUGGUUUUCAAAACAUAUAUAGUCCUAUGAAUCCUCCAGGGGAGGAAGAAAAUUCCCUUUCAACUGCUAGUCCCAGGGCCUAUGUAGUCUCUCUCCUGUCUUCAGCAAACUGGGCCAUAUGGAAGCCUGAACCACCUGAAAGAGAAUUGAGUGAGGCCCUGGUAUAUACCCCUAUUUUUUGGGCUCCACUCUGUCCUGCUUAUCACAUCUGGAAGAGUGAAGAAGAGUCAUGGAAGGAGGAGAACUUUGAUCCCCUCCGCACUUCCUUUGGAAAGUCUGCUCCAGCACACUGAACCCUGUAUACAGCCUUAGUUUUUUCUUCUUAAUCUGAGGGUGGAAUUAGUGGGAUGGGCAGCCUUGACUUUUCUCUUACAGUAAAGGUGAAGGAAAGGAAGCAUACAUGGCUUGUGAUUCUUACAGGCAUUCCAUUUAAUACCUUUAAGGUAAGCUUAAACCUCUUUCAAGCCUUUAAAGGGUUUAAAACGUAUGUGCAGUGAUAAUUUUACAUUUAAUUUGACUGCCACCAGAAAAUGCUCUUAAGUCAGAAAAUCUUUAAAACUAAAGAACUUUUCCUUGUAAGUUGAAUCUUCUUAAUUGACUUUUUUUUUUUCUUUCUCCCACUUAGGACAAUACUUGGUUAACAGGGAAUAAAAUCCUCUCCUCCCUUGUUCUAUCACCCAACUACUGUUUUCUCUGUUCCACUCUGACUACUUUUACACUGUUGCCAAACAUUUCAGGAGCCAUAAAUAUGUCAAAAGAGCCAUUAAAGAAGGAUUGGGGAUCUUUUUCUGUCAGUUAGCUUGAAUGGUGGCUGCACCAGAAGGAUAUGGUUGAUUUCAGCCCUCCCAGUCAGCCCACCAGCUGGGCCCCUGCCUUAUUUGUGGAGAAAAAUGUAAAAACAGGGCUUUUCGUUUUUUCACUAUUUUUCUACAUAGGUGAUACAUGCAUAUGAUUUAAAAAUUGAAAUAAAAUAAAAAGCAAUACUGAAUACACAUGUAUAUACAGCCAAAUGGGAUUUUAUUUCAGGGUAGCUCUAAGCUUGUUGCCAAGUAGGCACCAUGAGUACAGCUCACCGGAAAAUUGUAUGGACAGGAAGUUACUGAAAUUACAUGGUGACAGACAUGUCCAAGAGAUAUUGUGGGGAUUUUAUCCCUUUAUGGAUCUGGUGAUAGAUGAAUGUGUAGAAAUGGCAGCUAAUGGGCAACAGAACAAUACUGGAGUGGUAGCAAUAGGAAAAAAUAGUAUGUUAGAAGCCUUGGAACAAGGAUAAGUAAAGGUUGUAUUUAGCAGAGAAAUCAGUUGCUUACAUAUGUCCCCUUUCACUCUAAGGGCCAAUUUGACUAUGAUGUAAAACUCAAGUUUUAUAUAUUCUUCAUUUAAAAUUUCUUAGUUUUAUUAAAAAGAAAACCUUGAGAAGUACUGUGCCCCGCUCACCAUGCCUCCACCCCACUCUCAUUUUUACUAUCGUGUUAUUAUUUUCGUGUUUAUGUAAAUACAAGUAAAUGUAGACAUAUGUUCUUAUUUCUUCCCCUCUCCUAUAUAAAAGACAGCAUGUUCACUACCCUGCACCUUUUUUUUUUCCAGUUAACAAUAAUAUACCCUGGAGAUCUUUACGUGUCAGUAAACAGAACUCCUCAUUCUUUUUGUUUUUGUUUAUAGCUGUAUAGAAGUAUGUGCAUAUACCAAUGUUUAUUUAAUUGGCCCUUUUUAGAUAGAUAGACAUUCAGGUUGUUUUCCAAAUUUUUACUGUUAAAAACAAUGCUUAACGUUUUUAAGCAUUUAACAAUGCUACACACAGAUAGACAUACAGAAGCAUCUGUAAAAUACAUUCCCUGAUAAGAAAUUGCUGAAUCAAAGGAUAAAUGCAUUUAUGAUAAUGAUAAAUAUUGACAAAUUACCUUCUAUUGGGGUUUGUAUUACUUUGCAUUUCUACCAGCAAGUUACAAAUGUCAGAAAAGGCUUUUCUGAAUGGGUUCCUACUAUUUUACAUAUUUGCAGAAAAAAAGGAAAGAAACAAAAACAAGUGAGAGGUAUUGGAAACAAUGGGAUUCUAAUGCUUCAGUGAACAAAGCAUUAAACUUUGUGCUAUAUCUAACAUCUGUGUUUAAUUUUUUUUUUUAACAGCAUAGUU